AUGUCUUCUCGUUUCUGCGUAGCUCUUUUGGCCAUCCUCAGUGUUGUUUCGUUGGCUCGCACUCAAGUCGAUCAACCUACCUCGCCAACAAAGUGUACAGAAUACAACCAGGUUAACACGACUAAAGCUCAGUGCAACGAGAUCUUCACUUGUCCAGGCAAAUGUACUGGCUCUGUCGUGGCUAAAUCGUGCCGUAUGAUUAGACCCGAUACCGACUUCUUGGGGAACCCUAACGCUACUGCUCCACCAAACGAGGUGAUCCCUCAAGUGAAUUGCACCAUCACGUUUGGUCGAAACACUGCGCAAGCAAAAUCUUGUGAUACCGAGACAGCAAGUUACAGCUGCACUGGUGGCAUCGUACCCGAUACAUACGCACUUUGUUACCAAUGUGGUACUCUCCAGGGAGACGCGGGUACUCCGGGUGGAAGCCCCAACAAAACCACGACUCCCCCUAGCACCGCACAAAAUGGAAGCAUGACCCCAGAUACUACGAGCACGCCCCCUACUACCUCCAAUACGACUUCAGCUGGAAACACUCAACGAAUUGAUAUGCAACAAGGUCUUGUUUUAGCGUCUUUGUCCCUUUUCAUGUUAUCUGUCUAG